AUGCCUGUGAAAGGUAAGUAAUUAAACAAUUUGUAUUAAGUGAGCUCAUGAAGAGUACACAAGAGCCGGUUUGUAAUUAUAGCCGCAUCCACGAGCGCUAUUCGAUUCCAGGACAAUGCCAGGGAUAAUAUGCGUGUAUACGUAUUAAUUAUAAGUUCGAAGAAUUCUAACAUUAUUCCAACAAAAGAUUAUUGUUUCGCAGAAUAGAAUCAGGAAAAUCUACAGCUAAACAGUCUAAAUUUGAUAUAAAACGAAAGUAGUUUCGUUUUCAGUAUAUUUGUGUCAGACUAGUGUCUUUAUUUGUUCUACCAGUACCACCGUUAAUUACUACUAAUACUAUGUCUUGUAUGUGAAUAUAUAUUAAACUCCAGGAGUCGAGAUAAAAUUAUAUAUGUAUUUCGUGUAUUAAGUGAUCAAUAUCUAGAUGAUAAAUGUUAACAAAACGAAUAUUUCACACGCUAACCGGCGAAAUUUCAGUGAUCGCAGAUCGUUUUCCCGGAACCAAAGCCAGCUGGUAGUUCCUGGAAUAGGUCACUUGGGGUUGCGUAAUACAGACUCAAAAGAGUAUAUUACAAAAUUUGGUUUCGAAAUAUAUGAAAUACUGAAAUGUAUACCAUUUACAGUAAAAUGACAAUCGUUAUCAUGGAUAUAGCAUGUUUUAAAGAUAUUGAGGAAAAGCCAUGAACAGUAUAUAAAAUCUUUAUGAGUUGAAUAUUAAAUAUUUUAUACCCAUAUACCAUCUAUAAAAAGUGUCUACUGAAACAUUUGCAUAUAUAGAGCUGAGUCACAGUGCAGAUUUUGCAGGAUCAAAAUUUUAUUAAAAAAUUAUGCAGCAUGUGGGAUUUUAUAUCAUUGAGGGUGGAAGGAUUGAAAGAUUAGCUGGGAAUUGGCCAUGAAAGCAACCAGUGACGUGGCCAUGCAGGUAUAAAAACUUAAGACACAUAAUAGUGUACAAUACAAUACAAUACAAUAACAUUUAUUUAACGUGAUCAAAAUGACAGCUUGAUUGAAUUUCCAUCUGAAACACAGGAUUGUUUUUACAGGAAGAUCAUUUGGUCAAGAACGGCCACCGUUAACAGAUCUUCUAAAGAAUAUUUUGCUGAGAUAUCCUGAUGGUGGUCAAAUAUUAAAAGUGAGUUUUCUUUGAAUUCUUUAGUAGGUAUAAAGAAUGCGCAAGUUAUGCAACAAUUAAACCAUGCAUGCAUCUCCUUGGAUUAAUUCUGAAUUAAAGUGUGAACUGUUAAUGCAAAAGAUAUGUUAAUUAAAGAAAAAAGCUACCAAAUCAAAUUCACCGGCUGCAUCAGACUAGCUGCAAUUCAAAGUGAAAAGAAAUGCAGUCAAUCAUAAAAAAAACAAAAAAUGCAGUACUUUAAAAAUGAAUUGAAAAAUAAUUCAGGAAACUCAAAAGGUACUUGGAAAGUGCUAAACACCCUGAUGGGUAGAAAAGCUAAACAAAUAAGGCUAAAGAUAUAGCAAACACACUUAAUACUCAUUUCACAGAAAUUGGUCCUAAACUUAAAGCAUCAAAAUUAAAUACCAUUGGCAUCCAACGAGAAACAUUUUAUUUACAGAUUACCUAAAUAAAUCUAUUAUACAGUAUUUGGGUUUGAAAAGAUUUUUUUCACCAAGUUGAAGCACUACUAAAUUCUUGUGAUGCAGCAAAAGCAGUUGGAAUGGAGUAGAUAAAUUUCAAACAAAAUUUUGAAAAUCUCAGCUCGAUCCAUAUAUAAUUAAUUAGUGAGUCAUUUGCUGAACUUUUCAACUUAUCCUUAGACCUUAUUAAGUAAAUACAUUUCCCAGCGACUGGAAAAGGCAAAAGUGACUCCAAUAUUUAAAAAAGGAGAUCGUUGUGAAUCUAUAACAACUAUAGGCCUAGCUAUCUCGGUUAUUUCUGCAAUUGCUAGAAUAUUUGAGAAACUUAUGUCUGAACAUGCAGUUCUGUUAUGCCCGGGCUCCAGUAAUUAUACAAGCUGCAUGAUUUUGCAACUUUUGGAGUUGAUUGGCUAG